AUGUCAUUAAGCACAUUCGACGCUGAAAACGCUGACAACUUUGAAGAUAUCGAAAGACAAUUUGCAGUUGUUGCAGUUGAACAAGCUGAAACUUAUUGGAAUUUAAUUACUAAAGUUCCAGGUUCCAAACUUCGCUUAACUAAAUUUGAUGAUGAAAUUUAUGAAACAUUUAUUGAACAUUUCCCAGAAUAUAAAGAUGCCGAAAGAGUGAGGAAAUUUGAAGAAGAUGAACUGAAGACUAAAGAGGCAAAGGAAAAAUGGAGAAAAUUCUGUGCUCUUUUUGAAAAGAAGAUCGAAGAUUUCAACUUCGGUACGUUGUUAAGAACCGAUGCCAAUGAAGAAUAUGGCCAAAAUACAACUUGUUUUGUUGUCAGAAUUCAAUUUUAUUGUUUCGAAAUUGCAAGAAAUAAACAUAAAUUGAAUGACUGGGCCGUCGGUCACUAG